UCUCUGCAACGCAAUAACCUUUUUUUCUUUUUCUUUUCAACUUUUUCACCGUCAAUAAUGUUCCACGCUUGAAUAUUAAACCAUUUCCAUUGUCUUUAUAAACUCUGAAGCUCUCUCCCGUUUUCUUCAUCGAAUCACUCUCCUCAACCUUUCUCUCCAAGAAACAUGACAACCUUUUUUGAAUCUCCCAUGGCAGCAGCAGCAACCAUUUCCGCCUUUCUUUUCCUCUUCUUCACCUUGUCUUCUGCUACAGACAUAUCUAUCCUAAACUCGAAUCAAAACCAUCCAUCAUCAUCAUCAAGCUGGAGAAGCGAUGAUGAGGUGAGGAGCUUGUACAAAUCCUGGCUUGUGAAACAUGGCAAAGCAUACAACGGCAUAGGAGAGGAAGAGAUGAGGUUCGACAUCUUUAAGGAUAACUUGAAAUUCAUUGAUGAACAUAACUCUAAUAACAACAGGACAUACAAGCUUGGUUUGAACAAGUUCGCUGAUUUAACAAACCAAGAGUACCGUUCCAAGUUUUUGGGCACAAGGAGUGACCCCAGGCGUCGAGUCAUGAAGUCCAAAAACCCCAGCCAACGUUACGCUUUCCGUGCCGGCGACAGCUUGCCGGAGUCCGUCGACUGGAGAGAACACGGAUCUGUUAAUCCCGUCAAGGAUCAAGGAUAUUGUGGAAGUUGCUGGGCGUUCUCAACAAUUGCAGCAGUGGAAGGCAUAAACAAGAUUGUCACUGGUGAACUAAUUUCUCUAUCAGAACAGGAGCUAGUAGAUUGUGACCGGACCUACGACGCAGGCUGCAAUGGAGGCCUAAUGGACUAUGCCUUCCAAUUCAUUCUUGACAAUGGUGGCAUUGACACCGAGGAAGACUAUCCUUACCUUGGCAUUGAUAGCCAAUGUGAUCCAACGAGGAAGAAUGCUAAGGUUGUUAGCAUUGAUGGGUACGAGGAUGUCGUGUCAUAUGAUGAAAGCGCUUUAAAGAAAGCUGUUGCACAUCAGCCUGUGAGUGUUGCCAUUGAAGCUGGUGGCAGAUUUUUCCAACUUUAUGAAUCGGGAGUUUUCACUGGUCAAUGUGGGACAGCUUUAGACCAUGGUGUGGUUGCUGUUGGAUAUGGCACUGAUAAUGGUGUGGACUACUGGCUUGUGAGGAACUCAUGGGGCAACACCUGGGGUGAACAUGGAUACAUAAGGAUAGAGCGUAAUGCGGAUGGCUAUUCCGGAAGGUGUGGCAUUGCAAUGGAGGCUUCCUAUCCAGUUAAGAACGGGGUAAACCCUAUCAAACCUUUCUGGAGUAAUGAAAGCGCUGAGAAGAUCAGCAGUGCUUGAAAUCUUUGCUUCAGUUUGCAGUUCUUGGAAGUUAAAAUGUCUCAAAUGCUGUUUUUGGGCAUUGGAGAAAGACAAGGGAUGACUGGUGCAAGUGAAAUUUCCCAGUCUAUUCCUUGUUGGUAUCCAUAGGAGUGGGGCCAUUUAUGUUGUUUGGAUUUAUAAUUGUUGUACAUAUGUUUUCAUUUAUCGAAACAGCAGCAUCUGGAAAACUGGUAAUUGUUGUGAUUAAUGCAAUUUCAAUUCAAAGUCUAUCUUUAUUUGCCAAGUA